AUGUCGAUUGAGUCGCCAAAGAUCGAGUCCAGCCAGUAUGAAUCCGAUGUGGCCGUUGGCCAGGAUUGGACUGUUGCUGAGGAAAGCCGGGCUCGGAUCAAAAUUGACUUCUCGGUUCUACCUCUGUUAACAUUUGGCAUGAUCAUGUUCCAGCUCGAUCGGAUGAACGUGGCCAGCGCGCUGACUGGGGGUUUCGCUGACGAUAUUGGCGUUAACCAGAAUACCAUCAACCUGGGAAAUCAAUUGAUGUUCCUAGGAAUUAUUGUCCUAGAGAUCCCGUCGAAUAUGCUUCUGCAGAAGAUCGGCCCCAGCAAAUGGAUCCCAGCACAGGUAUUCGUCUUUGGCCUGAUUGCAACUUUGCAAGUUCUGCUGCGGAAUAGAGGAGGGUUCCUUGCUACACGUAUGCUACUGGGUCUGGCUGAGGCGGGAUAUAUUCCAGGCUCAAUAUAUACCCUGUCCACAUGGUACACCCCGCAGGAACUAGGACGACGAGUCGCAAUUCUGUUCUUUGGAAUGUUUGGAGGAAACGCCAUUUCUCCCCUGAUUGGUGCUGGGAUUCUGCGGUUGCAUGGACAGGGGAGCCUAUCGGGUUGGCAGUAUAUUUUUCUCAUCGAGGGAAUCGCGACAAUGAUAGUCGCCUUACUUCUACUCCUCGUCCUCCCAACGAGUCCUCAACGUCCUAAACCGCUCUUCUUCAACGGGCUUAUUCGUUUCUCAGACAGAGAGCAGCACAUCCUCACAGCCAGAUUAGGGCACGAAAGCUCACCAUCUACCCACAGUCUCCGAAGUGGAAUCCCAUUCUCAACAGUACGAAAGACAUUGCUUAACUACCGCCGCUGGCCUCACUUCGUCUCUACAGCUUGUGUCUUCGCCACGUGGAGUCCGCUGACAACCUACACCCCAAGCAUAAUCAUGUCCCUCGGCUUCACCCGGGUACAAGCCAACGCCCUAAGCGCAAUCGGCGCCUUCAUGACCCUGCCUAUCGUAUUCUUCUUCGCGUGGGUGAGCGAUCGCACCAAGAAGCGCGGUCUUACAGUUAUAACAGCCAUCUGCUGCUACCUGGCUGUGUUAAUCGUAGCGAGAUGCGUUCUGCCUUAUGCGCCAAAGUGGAAUCGGUUCGGUAUGUGGACGGUAGUUAAUGCCUUUGCGGUGUGUUAUCAUCCUGUGCAUAAUGUGUGGGUGCAGUUGAAUUGUAGGGAUACGGCGGAGAGGAGUAUUGCUAUUUCGAUGUGGGUGAUGAGUGCGAUUUGUGGGCUGCUGGCUGGGACUCAGAUAUUCAGGGCGGAUGAUUCGCCGACAUACCUGAGGGGCUUAAUUAUCAUGAUUGGGCUGGUAUCUGGUGGACUGGUAUUGGCUGUAUCUCAGGAGGUCAUCUACCUUUUGUUGAAUUCUCGUUACAGACGUACAGGGGGCAAGCCGUUGUAUACACCGUGA